UACGUGCUGCUGCAGCCUUUUAUUUCUCAGAAACCAGGGGCUGUCAGAGAGGGAGUACGCUCUGCCGCAGCUCUCUGACGCACACAACAGCGAUGUGGCUUUAGUCAUUUGUAGGACCGAAUCACAUUUUUACUCCACGCGGAACCAAACGAGUCACUUUAAGCCGGUGUUUUCGGAUCUUUGGAAAUGUUUUCUUAAAUUGUUGCUAGCUUCCGGGGUUAGCUCGAAGUUUGGACCGUCCUGCUAAUUUAUCUCCCCCGCCUCCAGACUCCUAACUUCAAACUAAAUCUACCGUCUGCGGGAUUUGAAACAAACUGCACGGCUAAAGAUGGAGUCUGACGAUGUUUUUGUCUGCACCAGUCCUGUUAACACCGUUUUGAAACGCAGGCCCGAUGGGAUCCCCGGGCUUUCCUCGCUCUCUCUGCCGGAGUUGAGCACAAAGACCGCGCACUGCAGAGACCUUUUCUCCCCUGGACCCGCCACGGUGUUGUCUCCUGUCACCAAUCUGGCUCUGGACAUGAACAACUUAGCUGGACUCGGAAGCCUCUGUGAUACCCCGAAAAGAAGAAAGCAUGCACGCCUUGAAAAGGUUUCCUCAUUUGCUUCUGACGUCUCAUCUGAUGCUGGCCUCGGCAUGGAUCCCCCCAGCCCUAUGGAUGCUGUUGAAAUGGAGGACACAUUUGAAAAGGCCAUUCAACAGUCGAGUCGCAUUGUCAACGAGAGGAUGCCAAUUAGAAGAAUCAACUCAUUGCCACUCCAGCUCCAGAGCUACAGUCCGUCUCUGAAAGGACAGGAAACAGAUUCCCACCGCUAUGGAAUAUUCGGACAACCACCCUCCCAAAUGACGGCCUCCACUUCUCAGCGUCACAACAAGGAAAACAUGCCGGAGGAGGGCUUUGAAUUCAAGAAACCAACCAAGCCAGUGUCACGGUGUCGCGUGCGCUCCUUCAACGGCAGUCAGGCCAAGGACGCGUUCGCCCGCCGGCCCAGCUCCGCGCCGGCCCUCAUGUUUUCGUCGCCUCCUCCGAUCCAACAGCUUGACUUCUACAGCUCCAGCCCCAUGUUUCUGAGGCGUUCCUCGCCCACCUCCCCUCUAAACGACGACGAGGACGACGGCUUCCUGGACGUUCUGGACGACAACAUGGAGAGCGACGCUGGGAUGCCGAUGGGAAUGGCCAGCUUGCUCACCGCCCCGCUGGUGACCGACAGUUCAGGAGAAGACUCUCCUGUGAUUCGCUGCCGGCCGCGCAGCCUGUUCCGCUCCCCCUCCAUGCCCAGUCCGCUCCCGUCCCGGCCCUGCGCCAAGCGCCCCGACUGCCCCGGAGAUGAAAUCACGCCGGUCCGGGUGAAGAGGCGACGCAGCCUGGCAGGGACACAAGUCACCACCGUGGAACAAAACCCAGAAUCCCCAAGAAUGAGCUGCUUGCUGCUCCAGAGGUCCAAGUCCUUCUGCCAGACAGACAUUGAGAAGCUGCUGGACGGCGAGGCCGGUUCGAGCGAGCUAAUAGGAGAUUUCACCAAGCCUUUUGUACUACCCACAGUGGAUGGCAAACAUCAAGACCUCAAGUAUAUUACCCCGGACACGAUGGUGGCAGCUCUGUCCGACAAGUUCAAUCAUCUAGUCGAGCAAGUUAUUGUCAUGGACUGCCGCUACCCCUACGAGUUUGAUGGGGGACACAUCAAGGGCGCUCUGAACCUGCACCAGGAGGACCAGGUGGAGGACUUCCUCCUCAAAACGCCCAUCGUCCCGUCCUACCCGGACAAACGCGUCGUCAUCAUCUUCCACUGCGAGUUCUCGUCGGAGCGCGGCCCUCGAAUGAGUCGGUUCGUCAGGGAGCGAGACCGCGCCGCCAACGAGUAUCCCAACCUCCACUACCCCGAGCUCUACAUCCUCAAGGGCGGAUACAAAGACUUCUUCCCUCACUUCCAGUCCCAAUGUGAACCUCAGUCCUACCGGCCCAUGCACCACGAGGACUUCAAGGAGGACCUGAGAAAGUUUCGCCUCAAGAGUCGCACCUGGGCCGGGGAGCGCAGCAAGAGAGACAUGUACAGCCGACUGAAGAAGCUUUGAGCGCCUCCUCGUCCUCCCUAACUGCCACUACAACACACUGCCCCCCCUCCCCCUCGCUCGCCACACCAACGAGGAACCUUUUGGGAUUGCGCCAUGAGAAGGGGAUUUUCUAAAGUCCCUAAAAAGUUUCAUUUAACUCUAGCAAAGUUAGGUAUUUAUGCAAAUUGAAUGAGGAGAAAGAAUGAACGCUUGACCUAAAGUGGUCGUCGAGGUGCAGUGAACAGAUUUGAGCAGCGACGCGACCGUUUUUUAAAAAACCACUUGGACCUACAGCCUGUUUUACCUUUUUGAUAUGAUGCUGUUUGCAGCACGAAUCACUGCCGGAUUGCAAUAACACAAACGCACCACACUGCCAGUCUGAAGUUUGUCUUUCUGUCUCCUCACUGGAUGUUUUUGUUUUUUAUUUUGCAUGUGUCAUGUCUCACCUUUUGAUCUAAGCACUUAAUACCUUGAAAUGGUGAGGUGCUUCUUUUUUUUGGAUACUGCGUUUUAUAUAUAUAUAUAUUUUUUAAUGAAUUGUUUUUACCCCCAUUUAGACAUUGAUCUGUUGCAAGUAUGCCUUUUCUUUAGGCGUCCCAAAAUGCAAAUUGGCUAUUUUAAUGACUAUUUGUACAGUUUAAAAUUGAUGCAGAGUUUUUUUUUUUUUUUUUUUUU